CCAUUUACUAAUAUAGUGUGUAAUAUAUUUCAGUCGGUGUCGUUUAAAGCAAUUGUUUAAGGAUAUAGUUUUUAAUAAUGGACGAUACAGGAAAUAUAAUAGUGAAUAUUUCUGAGGAAACAUGUAGAGUAUGUUUGGACAGUUCUUCGUAUACAAAUUCAUUUUUUGAUGAGAUUGAAUUGAAUGAACCUAUUCCCUUGAAGGCGAUUAUAGAACAAGUAACAAAUAUUGUGAUAUCAGAAGAAAAUGACAUUACUACACGUAUUUGUACAGAAUGCACGCAUAAACUAGUGCUAGCAUAUGAAUUUAUACAAGAGACAAAAAAGUCAGAUGAAGUUAUUAAGUCAUAUAAACAAUUGAAGGAAAAAGACAUAGAGCAUAUUCUACCAUCAACUUUAGAUACAAAAUCUAAACACUUAUGUCUAGAAGAUGGUGAGCAUCAUGAAGAUUUAGAAAUUCUGGAAGAUGAUUUCGACAUGGCCAUAUGUGAGAGUGAAAAUGUUGAAUCUGAAGAAAUUCAAAAUGAAUUGUAUACGUUCGAGGAAACUAAUGAAAAUAACGAUAUUUCAUAUGAUACAAUUGUACUAUCAGAAGAGAUUGAAAUUAAAGAAGAAAUUAACAGUUGUGUCGAUGUGGUACCAGUUAAAAAUAUUGCAAGCUAUGAAGAAGAAAAAAAAAUUAAAACAAUUCCCAUAGGAUCUCGUUUGAACAGAUAUAAAACUGAUAACUGGAUAAAAUGCAGCCAAUGUACGAGAUCGUUUGCUAAGGAAGAAUCUCUUAACAAACAUAUGCAGUUGGCACACACAAUGCGGGAACCCGAAAAUAUUAAAAAAGAGAUAACAUCUGAAGGUGCAAAAUCAAAUCCAUUCCAAUGCCAAAAAUGCGCACGUAACUUUACGCGUGAAGAUACAUACAAACGACAUUUAUUAGCGAUGCAUCCUGAAGUAAUAGACGUGGAAAAAGUAGAGAAGGAAUUACAGCAAAAGAAAAACACUUACAAACGUGGCCUUUGUCCACAUUGUGGAGAUAGUUUUACACUUGCAAGCCUUAUUAUUCAUAUACGAAGACAUACUGGUGACAACCCAUAUAAAUGUGCUGUUUGUGAAAAAGGAUUUCCACGACGACAAGAUUUAACAUUACACAUGCGGCAACACACUGGGGAGAGACCACAUGUAUGCAACAUUUGCGGUAAAUCUUUUAUACGACCUAACAAGUUAAACAGACAUUUAAGAAUCCAUACUGGUGACAGACCUUACAAGUGUGAUAUCUGUAACAAAGGCUUCUGUCAAUCAAAUGAUUUAAAAAUUCAUUACAGACGGCAUACGGGAGAAAAGCCAUAUGCAUGCACUGUUUGCGGUUUAAAAUUUAUAUGUAGAUCAGCAUUAACCACUCAUCAGAAAAGCACAAUGCAUGCUGACGAUAGCAAAAGUAAUGAUGAUCCUUAUGCUAGCUGUCGUGUUAAUACCCGCAAUUACACAGUAACUAACAAAGUCAAGCAAGAAAAAAUGUAAUUAAGUAAAUUAUUCAUUUUUAAUUUCCCAAAAAAAAUAGUUGCACUGCGUGGCACACUACAUGUUCCAAAUAAACUUAGAAAAUGUAAUUAUUAUAUAAAAUUAU